CAAGAAUGGCGACCUCUAAGAAAGGGAAGAAAGUUGUUAAUCAAGAGGAACUUCGACGGCUAAUGAGGGAGAAACAAAAGCAAGCCAGUGACAAGAAACGCGUCGAGUCUCCGUUUGCUAAAUACAACAGUCUCGGCCACCUCAGUUGUACCCUGUGCAAUGUGCAGGUGAAGUCCGAACUACUGUGGCCGGCGCAUGUUCUUGGGAAACAGCACAAAGAAAAGGUUGCUGAGCUGAAGGGAGCAAAAACUCAACCGGUGACACCGCAGAGUCAGCCACUGAAGCGGAAAGCACCCGACGACGAGGACGUUAACGGAAAAAAGGCGAAACCCGCAGCGGCUCCUGGUCAGCCCUCGUUAGGACUGCCAGGAAAUUUCUUUGAGAAACCCAGCGACAGGGGAGCUGCUUCUUCACAGAACACUGCAGGACUGAGCCUGCUGGCUGGAGUCUAUGAUGAGGACGAUGGUGAUGAUAAUGAAGCUACUGGGGAGACUGGUGAACAGGUGGCCACACAUCCGCCUGCUCAGAAGGAUGAAGCUGCAGGACUACCAGCUGACUUCUUUGACAGCUCCAUCCCACCCACGCCUGCAAUCUCCCAUUCAGGCUCCAUCCUCAAAGCCGACGUUCAGGAGAAGAUCCCAGAGAAGAAAGACAACACAGCCGAGGCGCUCCCGGAGGGUUUCUUCGACGAUCCGGUUAGAGAUGCCAAAGUGCGCAACGUGGACGCUCCUAAGGAUCAAAUGGACAAGGAGUGGGAAGAGUUUCAAAAGGAGAUCCGACAGGUGAACACAAAGUCCGAGGCCAUCGUGGCAGAAGAAGACGAGGAGGGGCGACUUGAACGUCAGAUUGAUGAAAUUGAUGAACAAAUUGAGUGUUACAAGAGGGUGGAACUACUGAGGGACAGACGGGAUGUGGUGAAGAGCAAGUCUCUGCCCAGAAAGCAGGAACAAGUGGACGCUGGCGACAGCACUGAAGAAGAGGAGGAGAAUGAAGAGGAGUUGCUGGGGCUUUUGUCACAGGACUGGAGAGCCAAAGGAGCUCUGGCCUGACUUUCUCUUGAAAUCUGUGACUGACCUCAGUUUUAUUCAGAAUAUUGUUAUAGCCUUCCUCAAGGUGGAUGCUAAUGUGUUCCAGUUUCCAAAAACUGUGAAGUUUGUGAAAAUGUCUAUCAAAUCUUUCUCCCUUUGUAUAUUUC